AUGUCCUACUACGACAUUGACUCUAUUCUGACUGAUGCAGAGAAAGUCCCCUGCAAGUUCGAAAUUGAUGCCGCCGACCUAGGCUAUCUCGAUAACAAUCCAAGUCACGCACUCAAAGCCGGAACCCAGAUUUCACUUCCCCUAUGGCUUGCAGAGAUGCUGGCUCUUGCCAGCACUGGUGAAGACUCCAAGGCGCCAGUUACGCUGAAUCUUCCCUCCGCGCUAUCAAACCAAGUCAUGCAAGCGCUCAAAGCCGAUCCACGAGCUGUGCCCGUCAGGGAUCAGAGCGCUCAUUUUUACGGUCUCGGAACUCGCAUUCUGGACCUGUUUGACGAGCGCGAGGUGAGCGAGGUGAUGAGGAAGACUUUCGUGACCCGAGCCGCCGAGAUUGCUCUCCACGCCCGCAAGGGAGGCGAUGAUGGUGUUGGCGGUUCGAGCGAGGACUUUCUCCGAGGUCUGGACGAAUGGGAGAGAGGGCUCUUCCGCAAAGCGCACGAUGGCACCAAGGCUUCCAAGGAGUGGAUGGACAAGGUCAAAAAGCACUGA